AGAUUUGGCGAUUCCGGAAGGAAGGGAAGAAGAAGGCGGCCGGCGGCAAUGGCGGCCGAAACAACAACAACAUCAACAUCCGUCCCCUCAGCGAUGGCGUCGUCGGUUUCUUCGGCGCCGUGCAGCCCGUCGGCGCGGGACCUGUUCGCGGAGGGGUUGCUGGAGUUCCUCCGCCCGGCGGUGAGGCAGCUCGACUCCCACGUCCACGCCGUCAGGGAGAGCCAAGUGGAGCUGCGCGAACACAUCGACGGCCUGGCCGCAGAGCUCUGUCGGAUCAAGGAGGACCAGAAGGUGGCCCUGGACCUGGACCCCUACGUUAAGAAGCUGCUCAAUGCCCGCCGCCGGGUCGUGCUGGUAAACAACAUCCUGCAGAAUGCCCAGGAGCGGCUGAGGCGGCUCAACCACAACGUGGGGAAGGAAACCGCUCGCAGGAAGGCCAUGCUGGAGGCCGGGAGCAGCUACCCACAAGGCUCUCCCUCCAAGUGAGGACGGGGCCAAAGGAGAUGGACAGAGCCGCUGGGCUGCAAUUGCAGCGUUGCCAUUCACAGGGACAAGGGCACACUUGGGUGGGAAUCGAGUGGCAAGGAGGACAAGGCCAGUGCUGGAACGCUCCGUGUUUUGCCCGAAGUUGGGACAAUGGCCCCGCCAAUGCUUCCUUGUUUUGCUCCUGCCACAGAGUUGGUGCAGCUGGGUACAAGGAACGAGAAGACUGCUUCCUCCUCUCCCUCCCGCAAUAAAAUCCACUGCUAGCCAA